ACCAAUUGUUGGCUGUCGUUGAAAACUAGGUUUAAAGUUUCGCAGUUCUAGAAUUUUUGCUGAUUCAAGCCAAUUCAUCACAAAACUGCUGUUGCACACAAAAAGACAUUCUUUAAAAGCGCUAUUUUCUUUUCUUGUAAGAGUUGUAGUGCUUCACCAAAUCGUCUUAAUUAUUUUAUGCUAACUGUUAAUUUCCUAAUUUAAAAUGUUUGCGCACUUGUUACCAAAAACCGCGACAGUGUAAAUAGUUUAAAAUAUUAUUUUGUGCGAUUUUACAACAUUCUAAAGCUAAAGUAAAUGGACCAUAAAUAAAACGAAAUAAAAAUCAAGCAGACACAUGCAUUAAAAAGCCAGUAUGUCUAACAGACUUGUGUAAUAGCGUUAGAACGUUUUAAGUUGUUCUGUUUUUCAUGUGUACUGUUUUUCUGGCCGUCACGAGUUGUUAUUUGGAGCGAAGAGUUCUGCACGUUUCUGGCGUAAUCCAAUGAGUCACACCUUCUUUCUUGAGCUUUUUCUGCCAUCUAGUGGACAUAUGAGAGAAUUAUGUUUUUAUUUUUUAUUUUAAAGUUAUUUUUAAUGUCAUCUCAACAAAUGGGGAUUGUUACAGAAGCAUAUUUAGUAUCUAAGGUAAAGUUGGACUCUGAAACAUAGUCAUCAUUCUUGUGAAUAUUCUUAUAUUACUAAAAAUAAUGGGUUAUGUUUUAAUAAUUACAUUUCAAUUUAAUUUUUUAUUCUAUUUAAAAGUAAGUGUCUCUACAUUGAAGGUGUCCCAAUUAGCUGGAAAGUCCUGAGAAAAUUUAGAUUUUUUAUCUUUUUGUGUUUGAAGAUGCAUUUCUAAUUGUAAUUUUUAAUACUCCUUCCUUUAUUAUCAGUGUAUUAAAUCAUAUUGUGUGGUGGGUGUCAUUUAAACAAUUGUAAUACCAUUUUAACUCCAAUGAUGAAUACCUGUAUACAUCCCAAACUUAUUAUCCUCAUUGUAGAGAUCUAUUCUGAUGUGAUGCUUUUUCAUUUAUAAAGAUCUUUUCUUCAAGUGUUACUUUAAAACCGUUUUUGAGAAGUAUAUAAGGUAAAUGAAUAGACUGUUGGAAGCCUUUAAUCUAAUGGUUUCCUAUUUCUUCACAAUGGCACAAACAAAUUCCUUCAGUGGAUCUCUGUGAAAGGAAGGAAAUGCCAUGGGGUGAAUUCAGCCAUGCAUACCCUUAAUUAUUAUAAAACACACCUGCCAUUCAGAGUAAAACAGGUCUUUGCUGGUUUCCCAGGCCUCAUCUCCAGUGUCCCUGUAACUGGUCAUCUAUGAAACUAUUGUCCAGAUCAGCGACCUGCACUCGUAUAAAGCCACACAUGACACACGAGUCCUUCAGAAGGACAUCAGCACUCACUAUGAAGUUGACCAACAUCUGCCUGACUCUUCUAGUCUUUAUAAACGCUGUACAUUCAGCAGCUAUGAGAGAAAAAAGUGAAGAUUUGUUACAUUUUUUGAAGGAUGCAUUUGAAAUGAAUCUGCCUUUUGACCACACUGAUCCAACACAGCUCUCAGAAAUGGAUCUUGCAACAGAGAAGAUUCUGGAUCCUGUACAUCCGACAGAUCCGACUGCAGAAUGUAAAGCCUCGGAAAUUGUUGUCAACUCUGCUGACUUUUCCAAUACAACACCCAGACCAAAUCUGGCAGAUCUUGCAGAUGUUGCUGAAGAGAGAUCAAUUGAGAGUAGCAACUCAGACAGCAGAUUUGCAGAAAGAUCAUCAACUGAAGACAGCAGAGAAGGUGACAGCGACAAGAGGUUACAGCUGAGAACAACACUCAGAGACACCCACAAGGCAUUACAGGAGCAUUAUGGGAACUCAGCAGAGAGUAUGAGUAUGGACAGGACUGUCAUGGACAUAGACAUGACUGAAGGCUCAAACAAACAUAUUGAUAAAGCAACAGUGAUGGAGGACACUAGUAGUCAGGAAAUGGACAGACCUGAGGAGAACGGGAGAUACCGACCUCCAAGGACCCAGAAGAUGUUAGAAAAACACAACUCUGUGGUCACAGACACAGGCAGACAAAAUCUGGACUUUAUGAAAGAGAUGGAUCCCAUAAUUCAGAGUUUUUCUGCUAGAAUGAACCUCAAAGGCCAGACUGGUAAACCACAUGAUACUGAUAAACCCCAGCAGGAAAGCCACAGAAGAGCAAUGGUUUUAGACAGCCCAGAGUUUGUGGACACCCUGGAUAGACCAGACCUAUAUGCUGACAGUGAAGAACGUGGCGGUGGUCGAGGAACAUCUCAGACACAAAUUUCAGGAAUCAAAGCGAAACUGAACUAUGCUGCUAACCAGGACACACUGGACGACAGCAGGGAAUUGGCCGACCCGAUGCCAGGAUGCACUGAAACGUCUGUGGAACAUCCCAUGGAAGAGAACAACAAGAGAGGUCUGGAUGCCCCUAAUGUGGACCAGAAGAUUCAAAAAGACACAAUGAGCUAUCAGAACCAGCUGAGGAAAAUAUGUCCCACUAAGGGAAUACGAGCAUCCAACAACCCAAGAGCACAGCUGGAUUUAGAUAGUCCAGAAAGAGUGAACAGUGAACUUUUGGACAGAGACAACAGCAGAGAGAGGAUGGAAUAUGUGGCGGUUCCUCUGUAGAGAGUUACUUUUUUGCCCAAUAUCUACUUGUUUUUUUUUUUUUUUUUUUACAUUUUGACAGUGUGAUUUUAAUGUCUGUUUGAACUAAUACCUUUUUUUCUUGGUUUGUUGAACUUGCAUAAAUAAAUCAUUAUUAAUCAGUUUUAAGUUUUAUGAUCUUGUAAGAUGUGAAUAUUA